AUGCGGCCCACACUCAUGAGGAUGGCGCACGCCAACAGCGUGCACAUGGACCCGGCAUUGGUUCGAUAUGCCAACAUGUACGUGAAGAGACACGAAUUCUUCAGAUGGACACCGCGCACCGCCUGGAUCACGUUCGCCUAUGUCAUCGCCGUGCCGAGCUGCUUCCUAUACCUUGCAUACAGAACGGAGGGGAAGUACGACUUACGAGGAAAGCGACGAGGGGACACAAUUGCGGAGUUCUGA